AUGGCAGGCUUCAAGAAAUUCGUCAGCUAUGCUGCUCCUCUCGCCAUUCUAGCUGGAGCUGGUCAUGUCGCGGCUCAGGCCACUACCGAUGCUAAUCCACCCGUUCAAGUCACAGCAUCCACUGCGACCGAUAGCGUUGUCGUUGUCGCCAUUCCGUACACUACUGUUGUUGAUGGAGCCACCUCGGUCCUGACCACCGAAGUCACGACCACUCUCCCUGUCCCAACCGGUCUCGAGAGUUCCAUCACUUCAGUCGUUGGAUCCGCUUCUUCAGCCAUCGAUUCUAUUUCCUCGGCCAUCGAGUCUUUGACUUCUGCUGCUGGUUCCAUCUCCUCUGAAGCUUCAGCUGCCAUCUCAGGCACCACUCUUAUCACCAGUACCAUCGAAAGCACUAUUGUUACCACUGGUACAAACUCUCUUUACCUCGUCUCCUCUGGCACCACUAUCGUCUCCGACGGGGUUACCAGCAUCAUUCCGGAAGCUACAGUUUCAACUGUUGAAAGUGUUUAUACGUCGACAACUGAGCUUUCGACUGUCACUACUUUCGUUAGUACCACCGGAAUCAUCGGUAACUCUAACUCUACCGCCACCACUGGUUCCGAAGGAACUGAGGGCACCGAGGGUCCCACUGGAAGUGAAACUGAGACUGGAGGCCCCUCCACCAGCUCUCCAGCUGCUGCUGCUAACAUCAAGGUUCCAGUUGAGAUGGGAGGAUUGGUAAUGGCAGUCUUGAUGGCUGUUGGUUUACUCUAA